CGCAUAAUGUUCCGAUUCGAUUGACGUGCAUCAUAGUUUUCAUACAUGUACAUGUACAUGUAACUGCCCUGCACUUCUGAGAAUCAAGGGUACUUUUACAUCCUGUAAAUCUGUUUCAUAUGUAAGGCAUCAAACAUGGCUACACAACUACUUCAGAGAUGUCGGACGUCCUCUUUGUACCAGCUUUUGGGAUCUUCAGGUGGAAUACGUGGAGUUCAGGCCUUGAGUACCUCGGCCUCCAGAGAUGUUGCUGCCAAGAGCAAGAAGACCCUGGCCAAGGAAGGCAGAAAGAACAUCGUUCUCAUUGAAGGAGUCAGGACGCCAUUCCUCAUGUCUGGCACAGAAUACAAGGAUCUGUGGCCUCAUGACCUUGCAAGGGGAUCUCUACAGGGCUUGCUGGACAAGACAAAUAUCCAAAGAGAUGCUGUGGACAACAUCAUCUACGGCACUGUCAUCCAGGAAGUCAAGACCAGCAACAUCGCCCGGGAGGCAGCUCUGGGAGCUGGGUUCUCCGACCGGAUUCCGUGCCACACGGUCACCAUGGCCUGCAUCUCGUCGAACGUGGCCAUCGCCACGGGCAUUGGCAUGAUCAACUCGGACCAGGGUGAUACUUUUGUUGCUGGCGGUGUGGAGUUCAUGUCGGACGUUCCUAUUCGCCAUAGCAGACAGAUGCGCAAGUUUAUGCUGGCCCAGAACAAGGCCAAGACAGCCGGAGCCAAGCUGUCACUCGCUGCCAAGCACCUGAGCAUGAAGGCCUUUGCACCAGAGCUGCCGGCAGUGGCCGAGUUCUCGACGAGCGAGACCAUGGGUCAUUCCGGAGACAGGCUUGCGGCUGCCUUCAAUGUCUCCCGAAGGGAACAGGAUGAGUUCAGCCUGCGCUCCCACACCCUGGCCGACAAGGCCACCAAGGAGGGCCUGCUGGACGACCGACUGACGUACCAGGUGCCGGGCACCACCAAAGUGGUGGAACGGGAUAACGGCAUCCGGGUCUCGACGUUGGACCAGAUGGCCAAGCUGAAGCCAGCCUUCAUCCGGCCCCAUGGCACUGUCACGGCCGCUAACGCAUCGUUCCUUACCGAUGGAGCCUCAGCCUGCCUGGUGAUGACGGAAGAGAAGGCCAAGGCCAUGGGUCUCAAGCCCAAGGCUUACCUCAGGGACUUUGUCUUCGUGGCGCAGGACCCGAAAGACCAACUUCUGCUUGGGCCGGCCUAUGGGACACCCAAGGUUCUGGAGAAGGCGGGCCUGUCGCUGAGCGACAUCGACGUGUUCGAGUACCACGAGGCGUUUGCCGGCCAGAUCUUGGCCAACAUGAAGGCCUUGGACUCGGACUGGUUCGCCCAGAACUACAUGGGCCGCAAGGGCAAGCCUGGAGCACCGCCAUUCGAGAAGCUGAACACCUGGGGCGGAUCGCUGGCCAUCGGGCAUCCCUUCGCUGCGACGGGGGUUCGCCUGGUGACCACCGCGGCCAACAGGCUCCACAAGGAGGGCGGGCAGUACGCCCUGGUCGCGGCGUGCGCUGCAGGGGGACACGGCCAUGCCAUGAUCGUUGAAAAGUACCCAUCGUAACUUCACCCAAGUAGAAGUGUCGUCAAUGCAGGGUUUCCGAACACCCCUUCCUGUUUUUCUAUUGAAAAGGUGAUCCACUGUGUCAUAUCCACGGAUAUAUGUAGCUCUGUAAUUUUCUCUUGUUAGUAUCCCUUGUUAGCCGCGUACCAAGAAAACUGAAGUGAAAGUUCGGGUACAGAAUGGGCCAAAUUGUCCCCGAACUAAGCUUUUGUUUUAAGAAAUCUAUUGCAACCAUUAAUUCAACUUUGUAUAUAAUGCCAAAUUACAUUAGGCCACUCGGACAUAUUCUGUCACUGCGUCAAACGGAAGAAAAUAAUGCCCAGGAAAGGUUUUCAGGACCUCAGUGGUUUAUGUGCCGUUAUUUAAUCAGUAGCCUUGCAGCAUCAAUGCAAUGGAAUUUGGGUGGUAUGCACAGUUUGAAAUAUGCUUCUAUCUUACAUUUAGCCGUAAAAUAUAGCCCGCGUGAUUCCCGUCGAUUUGAUUUGUUCAUGUAAAUGCAUUUGGAUAUUAAAAUCAUCAUUACACCUCGUAGCCAACGUCGGAAGUGGGCCAACAAUUACUUUCUGUGCGCAUUUAUUUUUAGUCAUCGACACGUUUUAAAGAAUUGUUUCUGACAUCUGGACUGUUGACUCCAUCAGUUGAGUGACCACAAUAUUCUUUUCCUUUCAGUUACAUACAUCUUUGUCAUUACCUAUCAAAAUAGAUGUGUUUGUGAAUCGUGUAUAACGUAUGUGGGACUGAAGAAAUAUCAAGUCUCAUUGGAGGGCAUGUGGAACUCGUCACGAAAUAAGAAAACCGACUAGAAUGACUGCAGUCACUGUACAGAGCAACAGGUGUAUGAAUGACUUUUGAAAGCUGUAAAAUAAAGCUUAUUCAACAAAUUCA